GUUGUGAUCCCGUCAUGGCGCGCUACGCCCGUGUCGCUACUCUGGCCGCGUGCCUCUUGUUCGCCUGCGCCGUGGAAGGGCACAGGUGGAAACGACAAGCGGAAGAUCCUAAGAAAGACGAAAACCUAGAACAAGAACUAUGCAAGAGUAAGGACGCCGGAGAGUGGUUCCGGCUGGUGGCAGGCGAGGGCGACAACUGUCGCGACGUCAUCCAGUGCACCGCCUCGGGUAUUCAAGCCAUACGUUGCCCGGCCGGUUUGUACUUUGACAUUGAGAAACAAACUUGCGACUGGAAAGACGCAGUCAAGAACUGCAAACUGAAGAACAAAGAACGCAAAGUCAAACCUCUGUUGUAUACCACGGAGCCAAUCUGCCAAGACGGUUACCUAGCCUGUGGUGACACUACUUGUAUAGAACGAGGUCUUUUCUGCAACGGCGAGAAGGACUGUACCGACGGUUCCGAUGAAAAUUCUUGUGAUAUCGACAACGACCCCAACAGAGCGCCACCAUGUGACCAAAGCCAAUGCGUGUUGCCCGACUGCUUCUGCUCAGAGGACGGCACUGUCAUUCCUGGUGACUUGCUUGCCAGAGAUGUACCACAGAUGAUUACAAUUACUUUUGAUGAUGCCAUCAACAACAACAACAUCGAAUUGUACAAAGAAAUAUUCAACGGAAAGCGCAAGAAUCCUAAUGGAUGCGAUAUCAAGGCUACAUUCUUUAUUUCACACAAAUACACAAACUACUCCGCUGUACAAGAGACCCAUCGUAAAGGACACGAAAUCGCUGUACAUUCAAUCACGCACAACGAUGAUGAGCAAUUCUGGAGUAACGCUACCGUCGAUGAUUGGGGUAAAGAAAUGGCAGGCAUGAGAGUUAUUGUUGAAAAAUUCUCAAACGUUACUGACAACAGCGUAGUGGGAGUCCGCGCACCCUACCUCAGAGUCGGUGGCAACAACCAAUUUACAAUGAUGGAAGAACAAGCUUUCUUGUACGACAGUACUAUCACCGCGCCCCUGUCUAACCCUCCGCUCUGGCCUUACACCAUGUACUUCAGAAUGCCCCACCGAUGCCACGGUAAUUUACAGAGCUGUCCGACUAGGAGUCACGCUGUUUGGGAAAUGGUAAUGAAUGAGCUCGACCGGCGCGAGGACCCCACUAACGACGAAUACCUACCCGGUUGCGCCAUGGUUGACUCUUGCUCGAACAUCUUAACAGGAGACCAAUUUUAUAACUUCUUGAAUCACAACUUUGACCGUCACUACGAACAAAACCGAGCACCUCUAGGUUUGUACUUCCACGCUGCUUGGUUGAAAAAUAACCCCGAGUUUUUAGAGGCUUUCUUAUACUGGAUCGAUGAAAUCCUUUCUAGUCAUAACGACGUUUAUUUUGUCACUAUGACUCAAGUAAUUCAAUGGAUUCAAAACCCACGGACGAUCUCCGAGGUCAAGAACUUUGAACCCUGGAGGGAGAAGUGUGCUGUAGAAGGAAUUCCUGCAUGCUGGGUACCACACUCAUGCAAGCUCACAUCCAAGGAGGUUCCCGGCGAAACCAUUAAUCUACAGACGUGUGUGAGGUGCCCUGCCAACUACCCCUGGUUGAACGAUCCCACUGGUGAUGGGCAUUAUUGAAAGCGCUUCGAUCUCGCGCAACCAGCGCUUUUAGUUAGUUGAUAGAUUGCUGUUGAGAGUUUGCAUGGGCAACAUAUUCGGAACAUGUUUUGUCAAUAAUAACAAAAUAUACGUACGUAUAUAUAGGUAAAUUAUAUCGAAUUAAAGUCUGAAUAUGUUUCCUGUACUUUCAAAAUGUACCGGGUUAUAAUCCCGCCCAUAGAAUAAGUUACCUACUGUAUGUAAUAUAGACUCACAUAAAUAUUUAAUAAGUCUGUUUAAUACUUUAUGUGAUUUUUCUAAUGUAAGUCUGUUUGAAAAGUUUAAAAAUACAAAACACCAAAAUCAU